AUGUCACUUUACUACGAUGCAUCCACCGUACUAACCUCAUCUUCAAAUAAUCAAGGCGGUUCUUUCAAAUCGCGCAUCUACAAUUCAAAAUCUUUGAAAGCAUCGCCAGCACAAAUCUAUGCACUCGUUACGGAGGCUUCUAAAUGGGAUAUUCUGCUGAAGGAGGUGAUUGAGAAUGCCGGAAUACUUUCGUCAGAGCCAAAGUUGACGCCAUUACUAUGUCUACUCUUAACACAUGACUUCUUAUUCAGUAAAAAUGGAAUUGCUGCACCAGCAUCUCACCCACUUCGUCAAGCGGUCGACAGACACAAAGUUCGGCUAAAAGCAGAACUCACGAAAGCGCGAGUGCGCCGAAAUUGUGCUUCAAUUCAGGAUCUACAAUCUGUCAUUUUAGCGGAGAAGAGAGCAUUAUUUGGGCAUGAUGAACUCACAGAGAGCAUGCACCCCAGAUGGGUGCGCAUUAAUAAUGUCAAGAGUACAUUCAGUGCGCAGAUGGAGACUUCAUUUUCAAACUAUCAAAAAGUGGACCAACUGAGCGAGCUGAAAAGUGCCAAUCAGAUCUACAUUGAUGCUCACAUUCCUGACUUGGUUGCUCUUGCGCCAGGAACUGUGGAUUUUUCGUCGUUGAAUGCAUAUCGAAAUGGAGAAAUCAUCUUGCAGGAUAAAGCAUCUUGCUUCCCUGCUUAUCUUCUUCUAGGAGAUAAGGAGAGUCCAUGGGAUGGAGGGGAUUUGGUCGAUGGAUGUGCCGCGCCUGGGAACAAAACGACACAUCUAUCCUCACUUCUCACAGCACGACAAAAAGUCCACACUGAAAAGAAAUCCGGCAAAUCGAAAAUCAUUUCAAUGGAUGCAUCAGCCCCGAGGUCGAAAAUUCUUCAGAAAAUGGUUUCCGUCGCUGGCGCAGAUAAGCUUGUUACUGUGCUUGCAGGACAGGACUUUCUAGCGUUAGAUCCAGAGGAUGAGAGAUUCGAAUCAGUGACGGGCCUGCUCCUUGACCCGAGUUGUUCGGGCAGUGGUAUUAUUGGUCGUGACGACGUACCCAAGCUGAUACUUCCAGAGCAAGGGAAGAUCUCUAAAUCUUCGAAUAGAGGUACGAAGCGCAAAAGACCGACAGAAGAUGAAUCGACGAAGCAGAGAGAGGCGCAGGAAACGAACAAUAUGGAUACAGAGCGCUUAGUCAAGCUCUCUAAUCUGCAAACACAUAUCGUUGAGCACGCUCUCACAUUCCCCGCUGCUACCAGAGUAACGUACAGCACAUGCUCCAUUCAUAUACUUGAGAAUGAAUGUGUUGUUGAGAGAGUUCUCUCAUCAAAGAUUGCGAAAAAAAGGGGCUGGAGGAUUAUGCGACGAGAUGAGCAACCUCGGGGUCUCCGGAAAUGGCGACAUCGAGGGAUUCGAAGCCACAAUGACCCCAAGUCUGGGGAUUUGACAAACGUAGAUCUUACAGAAGAGGAAAUAGAUGCCUGUCUAAGGUGUUGGCCCGGUGAUGACGAGUGUACUGGUGGAUUUUUCGUGGCUGGAUUCAUCAGAGAUGAUGCUUUGGCUAAGAAAUUACCUGAUGUGGAAGAAAAUGGUGUUCAAAGCCCUGACCAAAGCAGAGACGUCGAAAGCGACUCGGAAUGGGAGGGAUUCUCAGACUAA